AUGGUGGAAUAUGACCCAGAGUUGGGUGUCCCCGUCAUUGUCUACACCGGGGUGUACCUGAAGGGUAACGAGGCGGCCGUGGCGGCGCACGGCCUGCACCCUCCGGACCACGACCCUGGGACGCGCUUUGUGGAGCGGCAGUUGGGGGCGGUGCCUGCAGACCCUGACGACCCCGACCUGACCCACUGGGUGAAGCUGCCCAGCUCUGUCGCGGGGCUGCCGCCCGCCGGCGUAGGCAUCUCCUGCUGGCGCGACCCCUUCUGCCUGCAGCGCCCCGCUGCAGCUGGCGGGGCGGGCGACUACUGGGUGUUCCUGCUGGCCAGUGGCAUACGCGGCAGGGGCGGCGCGGUGCUGCGGUUCCGCAGCAGGCACCUGACACACGGCUGGGAGUUUGACGGAAUCCUGGCACAAGGCGACAAUGCGGCGCUCGGCAUCAAGGGGCAGGACUGGGAGUGCCCAAUCCUCGCCCGCCUGCCGCCCCGCGGCGCCGCCGCCGCCGCCGCUCCCCCCGCCCUGCCAGCCCCUGCCGCGGGCGUGCGUGCCGAAAAGGCUGCCAUGAAGGCCGCUGCCAAGGCCGGCAAGUCGGGGCCGCUGCUGCUGCCAUGCAGCGCCAGCGGCGCGAGCCUCGACAGUGCCGGCGGCGGCGGCGCGAGCAGCACCUCGCUGCCCCGCACGCCGCUCAUCAGCGCCGACGCCGCGCCGCCGUGCCACCCGCUUUCGAGCGCCGCGAGCGGCGACGACGGCGCGAGUGUCGGGGCGGGGACGUUGGUGGUCGGGGAGGGCGGCGCGCCCGGCGCGGGGUGGUCCGACGGCGGCGCCCUGACGGCGCCCGUCCUGGCCGCCGCGGCCGCGGACGGCGGCACGGCGUGCUGCAGCGGCCUGCUGGCUGACGCCGCGAGCCGGAUGGAGUCAGGAUGA